UAUGAACCCGGGCCUAGUGAGACACAAGGUGUGGGCUCGUCCCAUGCCUCUAUGCAAAUUCCGGCGUGCUGGGUGGUAUUGGACCUGUCGACGACGUACAAGAGCUUCGACAUAUUGGUGGCGAACUUCAGUGCGUCUGGUUCCCACUUUACUUCCGUCGUUCCAUUUCUCGUCCGUGUUUUUCACCCAUUCUUUUCACUCGUAACAUUUAACGGCCCACUUUUGAGGAUGUGGCUUGCAAUUCUCUGCUUCCUCGCCUCCCACCUGGCGCUGUCCGCGUGUGCUGCGCCAAUCGGCUCGUUCCUUCGUGUGCGACGAGACCUGGGCUGGGUACUGGUCAGUGUUACUGUAUCCUUCACUGGCAAAGGCUUUCCUACACUAACGUCCGCGUCGACGGUGUAACCUGCGGUAGUCCGCACGCUAUGCAAACGGCGAGUCUCAGGACGUCGACUUCUGGCCUCGCGGAGCAGGCUCAUCCCAGUCCACCGAGUCGCUGUUGCCUGGUUCAUCAGGCGCCACGGAAAACGUGACGCUAUACAAGGGUGGAAAAUCGGAGCCAAAGGUGUUGGAGAUCGAGACGGCGCGCAUUGGGAACAAGGG